AAAAAAAAUGAAAGUAAAACCAAUUACCACAUCAGACGAAUCAGACGAAAUACAUUCGAAUAUCUCAGAGCAACUCUUACAAGCCACCAAAAAAAAAAGACCCUACGAAGGAUUACUUCCUCUCAAUCUAUUCAUUGUAUCAACAAUUUCCCUACUCAUCCUCGCAGGUUGUCUAUUCGUUUGGAUUGCUUCCUUCUCAGUGACCAGCAAUUCCAUUCAAAAUUUGAAUGCCAAAUUUAUUGAUGAAUCAGGUCAGAAAAUUAAGAAUAGUUUACAUGGAUAUAUUGAUCCAAUUGCAAAACUUACAAAAAUGAUGGCUAGAGAUUGGAAUUCACAAGCUGUCAAUUUAACUCAAUUAAGAGAAUACUUGUUUCCUAAAUUUGUGGAAUUUGGUGCCAAUGGGUGUGGAUAUUUCUUUAAUGAUACGUAUUCGUAUAGAUAUACCUAUACGGUGAGUGGUACUGCAAGUAAUCCAAUAACUGUUUAUGCACAACAACCGUAUGGAUAUGUUGGAACCAUAAGAGAUUUAGUCAAUAACAAUACUGGAGAAGUAACCAAGUACAAUUAUCAAGUCGAUACAAAACCAAUUAUCAUGACCACUCAAGAUUUUUGGAUCUAUCUCAAUAAUUCAUAUGUCAAUUAUGGAUUGGAUGGAGUGGUUGGUGAACCGUACAGAUCUAUCGGUUCUACAAUGGCCAUUUAUUAUGCAAAAUGGAUUUACGAUCAACAAUUGUACAAGGCAACCAAAACUAAACGUAUUAUUGGACUAGCUAAAGUCAACCUAGCUCUGGAUGCAAUUGUUACCUUUUUAUCUCAAAUUGAAUUAUUAGGAAAAGGAUAUGUUCUAGUGACACUCAAUUCUGGAACUGUCAUUGGUGGUUCCAUAAACACAACUGUCAAUGAUGGGUUGACCAGUGUACAUGUAUUUGAUUUGGAAACAAGAGGAGCAGGAAAACUAAUCAAGAGGUUCUAUGAGGUGAAUGGCAACACUUUCAGUACAUUUAAAAGUACCAAUACGAAACUGAGUAGUGAAGGAGCAUCAUACAUUGUCACUCCAAUGAAAUUCUCAUAUGAAAAUUUGGAGUGGAAUAUUUUCUUUGUUUUAUACGAUUCUGAUGUGAAUGAACCAAUGAUUUUGAGUUCUUCCAUAAGUAUUGGUGUAACGGUGGUGAUUGUCAUUGUUGGUAUUUGUUCUAGUUUGAUAACUGGUAUGAUUGUUUCAAAACCAAUGAAAUUUUUAGAGAAACAAUUCGAAAGUAUUAGAAUUAUGGAUUUGGAAGCUGUAGUUCUAUCAAACAAGUCAGUGUUCAAGGAAGUUGACUCAAUAUUUGGAAAUUUGUACGACACUGUCAUGUGGCUGAAAGAAAUUAAGGCCUUUAUCCCAGAAUAUGUCUUUGAACAAAUCAAACAAAACGAAACUAUUAGUAUCAAGAGUGAAACUGCACAAAAUGCAUCAGCAGCAACCAAAAAGAAACCAGAAAAGGAAGCUGAUAACUUUUCUCAUUCAUCUUCCUCUCUUGCCAACAAGUCAAAUUCUCCAACUGAGAGUUCAGGAAAUAAUUCCUCAGUUAAGAGCUCAUUUAAAACAGCGCAGAAUUUAUUUAAAAUGGGCUAUAGUAAGAGGAAUUGUGUAGUUGUCCAUGUCAAAUUGGAAGGAUUGAUUGGUGGAGGUCAUGAAUUCAUUUCUACAUUUUUCAAAGAUUUCAUUUCAGCAAUUGCACCUGUCAUUAAGGUCAAUCAGGCCACUCUGCAAGUAAUGAACUGUGAUGAAUUCCAGCUAUCAAUGGCUUCCAACAAGAUUGAGGCUAAAGUUCUGGAUAAGGCCAUUGAUUGUGCAUUAAAGAUUAUUAAGGCCUCUGGAAAGGAUGUAUGUCCAAGAAUUGGAAUCUGUUACGGACCUUGUCAUAUUGGAAAUAUUGGAACAAACACAUCAAGAUACUAUUCAGUUGUUGGAAGAGUUCCAGAGACUGCUAAAUUAUAUGCAGAAUUGGCUGGAAAGUACAAUGUUAAAAUAAUUACUGACACAACUCAAUUGCCACUAGAUUCGUAUAUCAAUAGACCAUUGGAUAGAGUAGAAGUGAAAUCUGACAUUGUAACCAUUUACCAAAUCAUUGACAAGAAGAAUACUGAAAACGAUGAGUGGCUCUAUGAAUUAGAAAAUUCAAAGAAGAAUAACAAGUACCAAGAUUUUAAUGAAAUCUUUCAAUUAUUCCAACCUUCCUAUUGGAAUGAUUUCAAACAGGAUCCUUUCCCUGUCAUUGAUAAAUGCAGAGGAAUAUUGGAGAAAUUCAAGAAGGAAGAAUUCAAUGAGCAUAGUGAUUUGUCUUGUGAUGAAUUGUUGGCUCUUUUCAGUAACUUGCCAAACAGUGUUCAGGUGAAUGAAUUGAGUACUCGACUUACAAGUUAUUCGAAAAAACUCUAUGUAGAACUGAAAUAAAUAAACAUACGGUUCAUUGU